AUGGCGGUGGAGUACAAAUGCUGUGGAACAGAGUUUUUUGUUCAUAUUGCAGUGAUUGUUUUUCUGGUGGUUUUUGCGGGCUUAAUGUCCGGGCUCACUUUGGGCCUCAUGUCUUUAAGCCUUGUUGAUCUUGAAGUUCUUGCCAAGUCCGGAACUCCCAAGGACAAAAAAUAUGCUGCGAAGAUAAUGCCAGUAGUCAAGAAUCAACAUUUACUACUUUGCACCCUACUCAUCUGCAAUGCUGCUGCCAUGGAGGCACUUCCAAUUUUUCUUGACAGUCUAAUUACAGCCUGGGGAGCUGUCCUAAUCUCCGUGACACUAAUACUUUUGUUUGGUGAGAUCAUACCGCAAUCUGUUUGCUCCAGAUAUGGACUUGCCAUUGGUGCAACUGUAGCCCCCGUGGUUCGCAUCCUUGUCUGGAUCUGUUUUCCAGUUGCAUAUCCAAUAAGCAAGCUGUUAGACUUACUCCUAGGUGAUGGGCAUAGAGCUCUGUUUCGCCGUGCUGAAUUGAAAACGCUUGUUGAUUUCCAUGGCAAUGAGGCAGGUAAAGGUGGAGAACUUACACAUGACGAAACAACAAUUAUUGCCGGAGCACUUGAAUUAUCUGAGAAAACAGCUAGUGAUGCCAUGACUCCAAUAUCUGAAACCUUUUCGAUUGACAUAAAUGCAAAGCUUGAUAGGUUUUUGAUAAAUCUAAUUUUGGAGAAAGGGCAUAGCAGAGUGCCGGUCUACUAUGAGCAACCUACAAACAUCAUUGGACUUGUUCUGGUAAAAAACUUGUUAACCAUCAAUCCAGAUUAUGAAGUCCCCGUGAAGAGCGUUGCAAUCCGGAGAAUUCCAAGGGUCCAGGAAACUAGGCCGUUAUAUGACAUCUUAAACGAGUUCCAGAAAGGUCACAGUCACAUGGCUGUUGUUAUAAAACUGCGCAACAAGAUGGUGGAACCGGCUGCUACUGCAGGGAGUUUAAAGAGUAACGGCAAUGUGGACAAUACUGCGAAGGAUUUGAGAAUAGUCAUUGAUGGUGGAAAGCCUUUCUUGGAGAAAUGCAAAAAGACAAAAAACCCUACGAAGGGAUGUAAGAGUUUCCCUAACAGUCCAAGUCCACAUACACCUAGGAGCAGAAAGUGGAUGAAAAAUAUAUACUCAGACAUCCUGCAGAUAGAUGGAAAUUCGCUGCCAACGCUCCCUGAAGAAGAAGCAGCAGUUGGAAUAAUAACCAUGGAAGACGUUAUUGAAGAGCUUUUACAGGAGGAGAUAUUUGAUGAGACAGAUUGCCAUGUUGAAGAUUCGUGA